GUAGCGCCAGAACCAGUUGACCUAAUAAUACAACCAGUCACUUCGCGUAUAAUUCCUUUCGUGAUCGACGUAUGUAUAUACACAUAUGCGUAUCAUCUAUGCACGUUAUACACAUAGAAUUGCGAAUACGUGGAAUACCAUUGAACGAAGAGAUCUACGUUAAAAGCAACGUGAAUCGUGAAUCCCGAAGUACGGAUGUAACACGUUGAGACGUGUACAUUUCUUCGCAACCCGAGAGUGCGAGUUUCUUGCGCAUGCGACGAAACGUGAACUGACGCUGAGAUUGAGACUUCGAGCAGACAGGAAGAAACAUGAAAUUUCUUAGGAGAAUUUGAUCGAUUGAAACCUGGGACAAAAUUUCAGUGGUCGAAUGCUUGUAAAAGUCUUGUCCACACGAAGGAAACUCGUCGUUUGUCCGUACGGUACUUGGCUGAAGAUUGCUUCCAAAAAGACCAAACCCUCGGCAUCCGAGGUCUUAACAAGUUAUCUCCUGCAAACGAACGAGCCACCAUGGACUUCGUAUUUUGUCAAGUAUGCCGACGUUGUGAACGAUCAAAGAGGGAUGUCCCACUUCAAUUGGCCAGUAGGCAACAGCAAUUAUCAUGUACUUAGAACCGGCUGCUUUCCAUACAUCAAAUAUCACUGUACCAAGAGGCCACGACAGGACCUCAGCGCCGAGGACAAAUUUUUCAAGGCGAUCAAGCUUCUGAACCUUGGUAUACCUACAUUAAUGUAUGGACUGGCAGCAAUUUUAUUGAUCAGACACCGAGAAAUCGUGAAUACGUCCCAAGGAAACGUAGUGAUAUAUUUCUUACUGCCCGAGGACAAAGGUUCCAUGUACUGAUAUACACGUAGAUGUACACAUUGUAUUAAUUAAAGGUUGGCUGUUCGGAUGAAGAUCACAUUGAUAGAAAGUCAGAUCGGGAUUAUUAUCCUCUCGCUUCUUGUUACUUGCAGCAAUGUAAGGAACGGCGAAUAGAUAGAAUAGAUACAGAUAUACGCGGAAAAGCAGAUAACCGCGAUGCGGAACAAGGUAAAUUACAGAAAUAUUGAUUAAGAUACAAUCGGAUAAAAUCACUCGCACAAUUCUCGCGCACUAUCUACUUAAUUGUACCGCCGCAUAGAAUGCUUCUAUGUAGAUCUACACAUGUCUCUAGUCAUGUAUUUAUGGAAAAAUAGUAGCCUAAAAAUUAUAAGCGAAUUAUCGUUGUAUGGAUAAAGGAAAUGUUAUUUAAUCGGAGGGUAAGUGCCAGAAUUUCCACUUAAGCGUCUUUCGUUAUGUGUGCAGAUUGUUCUCAGAUUUACAGAGAUAAGAGAUUUCCGAUACGAGGUUUGCGAGUCGCUUUGGGGACUGAAUGAGUCUUGGAACUCGAGGGAAUUUGCGCUGCCUCCUAACUUUCCCAGAGUGAAAAAAAAAAAAAAAAAGAAAAUCGAGUUCAAAGGUGGAUUAAGAGGAAAAAGAGUAAGAAGCCACCGUCUGCCAUUGAACGAUCAAACCACGCUGCUGUAUCUCGUCUAGACUUUCAUGAUACGCCAACAGCACGAUGAAAUAAUAUUUAUUAUGAUUGUCACGACAGGCGGAAGAAUAGAGUUUGCGGUUUAACAUAAUUACUCGGUGCGUAUCACAAUAAUAUUAAUUAGUAACUUUUUAUAGGCAUCACGAUGCGUGGAAUCAAAUGUUUACAGGGACUACAGGUCACAGACUACAGAGUACAGAGGGAAUUCUUUCGCAUUGCAUAAUUACGUUGCAAUUAGAGUAGGUACAACCGCGCGUCGGUGGAGACAGGAAAAGGAAACGUCAAACCAAAGAUACCUACGUAGCCCUAAAGGUAUCAUUUGCAUUAGCUUGUAGAAGUUUUGCAGCAAUCUACACGCAUGACUAACCGAACAACUCGUUAAGAAUACGCGUAUAGAAAAGAACAAUUUCAUAAUAUCGGUACAAACUGUCGUUGAAUCGUGACAAUAUCGAUGUUGGAUACUGUUAUGUGAACAAAGUGUUACAAUUUAGCCUCGAUAAAUGAUUAAAGAAAAACUCAAGAGAUUAUUUAUACGAAGACGAUAGAUCUUUUUAUAGAGUCGUAAAGACUUUGUGUGAUGUUAAAAAGUCACUUAAUAUACUCUAAACACUCGUCGAGAUUAUUUUUUUAUCUUUAGACUAAAAGUCUAACAAACUUAUAAACUUAUACCUAUACUAAUAAACUUAAGAGUCUAAAAGUUGGAUCUUGGAAAUGAUCGAUUUCAUACUGAUAUUUAACCUUUCCGUAUUCACGAUAAAAAAAACAAUUUAUCGAUACUGUUUAACCAAACGUCAUAAUAAAAUAAAACGUCAAUCAAAGAG